AUGGAUGACCUAUUUUAUUGUAUUCGUAUAAUGCAAAUAUCUACUGACAAAUUACAAUCAACACGUCAUACAGAAAGUCUUCGUCGUUCAUCACUUAUACGUUCAACAUUUUUACAAUCUCGUAAACAUUUUUGUGAUUUAAUUCAUUCACUUAUUAAAAUAUCUUCAACAACAAAUGCACUUCUACCGGUUAUUAUAGAAAAUGAAGAAAAUAGAACAAAAAUUCUACCAUAUCAACGUACAAUAACAUCACAAAAACGUAAAUCAUGUCAUGUUAAUGCUGUUAAACGUAUACGUCUCACAUCAUCGUCAACAUCAUCAUCGAAUGUUUCAAAUCAAAUAACAUCCGAUUAA